AUGAGUGCUGCCAAAAUAGACUCAGCUCAGGUCAACAACCAAGGCGACGAUGAAGUCUUUGAGUUGAAACCAAUGAACUUCAAUCCUUACGUUUUACAAAGAAUCGCCCCUGAUCUAUUGCUCAAGAAAUAUUUAGACUUGAACAUAAGACCCUCUUUGAGAUCUUUUAACGAGUUCAAGUCCAUCCAAAUAAACGAUAGUAAUUUGCAGGACAAUCAGAAUUUGCUUGCAAAGACCACUGUUAAAAAUGGCAAUACCAUUGUGAUAUGUGGUAUAUUUGCCAAAAUCACUGAACAAUCUUUAACUUCAGAUUCAAGCAUAUUGGAAUCAAGUCAAUUAUACAACGAAAUAUAUGAGAAUGAUCCAAGCAAUCAAAACCAGAAUACAAAUAGCGAAUUCAUGCCAAUAUAUCCGAUUAUCGAAAUAGCUAGAGGAAGAUUUGGUGCGCCUACUGAUGAAGAGAUGAUUUUGGCCAAGAAGUUGUAUAACUUGAUAUUAAAUUCAAGAUUAAUUCCUAAAUCUUCAUUAAAGAUCAAUUUGGGUAUAAAAUUCACAGACCCAAUUACCAAUAAAGAAACAACAUACUAUAGUAAUGCCGAUGAUGAAAAAAAUCUGGAAAACAAAGAAUUCAAUCUAAAUGAUUUUAAACCCAAAAAUAAUUUCAACUUUAAUUUACAUGCAACUUUUAAGAUAUUCAAUAGAGAAGGACCAUUGUUCGAUAUAAUUUAUUCAACUCUUUUGAAAACUUUGCAAAAUGUUCAUCUACCCAACGUUUACAUUGAUGAACAAAAUGCUUACUUGUCAAAUAUUCUUAACAACAGUGCUCACAGCAAUAUAAAUACAAGCAGAAAUAAAAAUAAAAAUAAUUUGAUUGAGGAUGACUUGAGUUUGAUCUGUGAUGAUUCAAAUACUUAUCCAUUAAUUUUGAAUCAGAGCAUCAUUGGGUUCAGUUCAACUUUUGGUUUUAUUGAUAGGAUAAAGUCUGAGCCACACAAUGAAAAUAAUAUUUCUCCCAAUGAUAAUGAUGAUAAAGAAACCGUAUUGUUGUGCGAUAUUGAAGGUGAGGCCGAAGAAACUGAAUGUUAUUCUAGAGUCAAUAUAAUUCCAAUAAAUAAUCAAAAUGACAGCGAUGAUAAUGAUGAAUUCACAUAUUUUAGUAUCACUGGAGGUGGUUCAAAAAUAACCAAGCAAUUACUAAGAAAAGCUGUUUGGUUAUCGAAACAAAGAUCGAAAUAUUUACAGUCUUUAUAA